CAAUUAAAAUUAAAUAAAUAAUAACUAGAAUAUAGCAUAUGUUGGGUAACAUAAAUGUUCGAAUUAGUGUCGAUAACUUUAAUAUACAUUUUAGGGCUACCAUUGCUUGACAUCGCUGCCUGCUCUUCAAAAGCUAGCUGCUCUGCGCUAUGGAACGUAAACUGUUUCGAGAUCCGGCUCUAGAACGCCACUUCACUGGACACAGUGGUAAUAUUACUCAGCUGCGCUUCAGCCCCGAUGGCCAUCAAAUCGCAACCAGCUCAAUGGACACUACAGUUAUUUUGUGGAACCUUAAGCAGGCAGCGCGUUGUAUACGCUUUGCCUCUCAUUCUGAGGGCGUUUAUGGCGUCAGCUGGUCUCCAAAGGGCAACUUCAUAGCCUCCUGCAGCCAUGAUCGCACAGUCAAAGUCUGGGAGCCCAAGGUGCGAGGCGUCUCAGCCGAGUUUCUGGCCCAUAGCAAACCCGUACGCAGUGUGGACUUUGAUCCAACAGGGCAGCUCCUGCUGACUGCAUCCAAUGACAAGGCGGUCAAACUGUGGCGUGUAUCAAGGCGUCAGUUCAUCUCGUCGUUUGCACAGCAGAACAAUUGGGUGCGUGCUGCCAAGUUCAGUCCCAAUGGCAAACUCAUCGCUACUGUUAGCGAUGAUAAAUCUUUGCGCAUCUAUGACUUGAGCACUGGGGAGUGCGUGCGCACCUUCACAGAGGAGCGUGCCGCACCGAGGCAGCUGGCUUGGCAUCCUUGGGGCAAUAUGGUAGCUGUUGCCCUCGGCUGCAAUCGCAUCAAGGUCUUCGACGUGGUCAAUAGCCAACUGCUACAGCUUUAUGUGGUGCACUCGGCGCCAGUCAACGAUCUGGCUUUUCAUCCGAGUGGCAACUUCCUCUUGUCCGGCAGUGAUGAUAAAACAAUACGCAUAUUAGAUCUACUCGAGGGCAGGCCUAUCUACACGCUGACUGGGCAUACGGAUUCGGUGAAUGCAGUUUCGUUUAAUCAGGAUGGCAAUAGGUUUGCCACUGCAGGCAGUGAUCGUCAGCUCUUCAUUUGGCAAUCCAAUUUGCAUACUUACGAUGCCUCGCAGUUCGAUGAGAAAUCCAUGACAUCCUCCUGUGACAUCAGCAGCAACUCUAAAAGCAGCAAUGCCGCUAAUUCCAAGACCACUAAUGAUUUGAGCAUUCGCAUUGAUCCACGUGAAUCGUUGGCCUACCAAACACUCGACGAGCACUUCCAGGUGGUUGACAGUGAACACACAAAACAACAAACACCGCUGAGCUACAACUCUAAGUUGUCAAGUCCCAAAUUUCGUACCGAAUCGAAAUCUCCGUCCCUGCAGCUAAAGACAAAAUAUAAUGCUCCGUUUUUUAAAUAGUUUAUUUCUAAGCAAAACACACAGCUGCCUCACGACAUAGCAAAACCCCAACUGCAAGCUUAUAGCAUAACUUGCCAAAACCUUCCACAGGUAUUGGAUGUAUCGCUGGAAUCCGAGUCUAGUUCCGAGUGCUGCACCUGUGCCGCUCAGCUCGAUGAGAUGAACCAACAAAUGAGGCAGCUGGAGCAACGUUUAAGGCGUUUAGAAAGUUUACUCUUUGACUAAAGUUAAAUACUAUGUUUAUAUUUCGUUCAUUGUGAAUCAUUAAGUUAAUUAUUUAGCUUUUGUUUGUAAAGAAUAUAAGACAUUUAUCGAGAUACUUGUUCUUUUAUGCAUAAUUGACUACUGUUGCCUAUGCAAUGCUAUGGGAGAAGCGCAAGCAGAGAAGACUAAGAAUUUCAGACGACCCUUAAACAGAAAUAUAUAUAAUAUGCACAUAAAUAUAC